GGCCGGGUGACAGACGCCCUUCACAGAGCUUCUGGGUGCGAAUUCAGGUGUCGAGGGGAGCGGAGAAACGAACAAAGGACUCGCUGCUCGGAGGACCGUCAGACAAGGUCAGACUGUCAUAGCGCGAUGGUCCCGGAAUCGAGCGAGCAGGGUGCACGGGUGUCAAGGUACGGUGCUGAAACGAUUGGCUGUCACGAAAAGAAUGAAAGGCGGGGGAUUCAAUUCAUUCUUCACAGCACACGUCGUUGCACGGGAAAAGAGGAGGAGAAGCGACAAGCCAAAGUGCUGGCAGACAGCUGGCUGGGUGGUGGGCCAGCGUGCAUGCCUGUGAGGGCGGUGGUGCCGGACGAGGGCGGUCGAGGCAUAGAGCGAUUAGACCGGUUACGCCAAUUCUGGAGGGCAAAUCCAGCGGCGGGCCGCGUCCAAGGUACCUCGUGCUACAUCAAUCUGUGGCCGUCUGCAAGGCAUUACCAUGCUUGUCGCCGGCGGCUUCCAUUCCAUGCCCUUCUUGGGGUCAUUAAUACCGCCCACACGACACGCAGCGCCAGCCAUGCUCGAGUUUCUGUCCUCGAGUCCUGCGAGCGCUGCCUUUUUGCCUCGAGCCCUCCAGGCUGCGCCAUGCGUCCCGUCACUCGCUGACCGAAGCCGAGCAAUGUGCUGAGUCUGGCACCGGCCGGGCAGCGCUCCACGUCCACUCGUGGCGGGCAUGCAGGCAGCAAAUGGCUCCGCGUUUAAAAAACGACGCUGGCGGAAUUUGGGAGCCGGGCCCUGUAAUCCUGGCCAUCCGCACCAGGCAGACCGGGGCUUG